GUUAAUAUUUUAUUUAAAUCGUUAAGGCUGAUUGAAAAGUGUUUUCCAAAAGAAGGCCUAUGAGUGCUUAGAUUGUAAUGAUGGUCCUCUUUAGCCCCACCUUUUAUUUCCGGGACCCAACCGUUAUCUCCUCCACUCAUUUACCCCGUCACCGCACCCAACCCCGGUGGCUCCGUUACCACCGUCGCCAGCCAUGCCAAUUUCCCCCGACAGCGCUGCCGUCACGACCACCACCGCCCGCCGUGGAUUAACCCUCCCUCCAUGGAAAGGCGUGAAGCCCAUUCCUCUUUUGAUAUCAAUCUCUAUCGGUCUUAUCUUCCGCUUCGCCGUGCCGAGGCCCCACAGAGUCUCGGCACAAGGGUGGCAACUCCUCGCCCUCUUCCUCACCACCAUCGCCGGCCUCAUCCUCAGCCCGCUCCCCGUCGGCGGCUGGGCCUUCGCCUGCCUCACCCUCGCCGUGCUCACCAAAACCCUGACCUUCUCGGCCGCCUUCUCCGCCUUCACCAAUGAGGUGAUUUGGCUCAUCGUUUGCUCCUUCUUCUUCUCCAGAGGGUUCAUCAAGACCGGGCUCGGGGAUAGGGUGGCAAUGUUGUUCGUGAGGUGGCUUGGGAAGAAUACCCUCGGUUUGUCAUACGGUCUGGUUUUGAGCGAGGCCCUGAUUUCUCCUGCUAUGCCCAGCACAACCGCCCGCGCCGGUGGAAUUUUCUUGCCCAUUAUCAAAUCUUUGGCCUCCUCGGCCGAUAGCCAUCCCAAGGAUGAGUCUUCGAGGAAGCUUGGGGCUUAUCUAGUCCAGUCUCAGUUACAGGCAUCCUGCAACUCAAGUGCCCUUUUCCUGACUGCUGCUGCACAGAACCUGUUAUGCAUCAAAUUAGCAGAAGGGCUUGGAGUUAAGAUUUCAAGCAGAUGGGUCACUUGGCUUAAGGUUUCUUGCUUCCCAUCAAUCAUUGCUCUUUUAGCAACUCCAAUUAUUGUGUAUAAGAUAUAUCCUCCUGAAACGAAGAAAACGCCAGAUGCCCCGAUGAUGGCUCGAAGGAAAAUGGAAGAAAUGGGCCCUAUGAAGAGUGGAGAGUGGGUGAUGCUUGGAACUAUGCUUCUAAUGGUUGCACUAUGGGUAGCCGGAGAUUCUAUCGGGGUAGCAAGUGUAGUAACAGCAAUGGUGGGCUUAUCGUUGCUUUUGAUCUUUGGAGUUUUAGAGUGGGAUGACUGUUUAAGCGAAAAGUCGGCAUGGGACACGCUGACAUGGUUUGGGGUAUUAGUAGGCAUGGCGACUCAGUUAAGCAGUCUUGGUGUCAUCAGCUGGAUGUCAGAUGCAGUGGCUGCUUUCCUCAAGUCCCAUUCAGUAAACUGGUCUGGGGCUUUCUUUAUCCUUCAGGCCGCAUAUUUCUUUAUUCACUACCUCUUUGCUGGACAGACUGCUCAUGUCGCCGCGCUGUACUCUGCAUUUCUAGGGAUGCACUUAGCAUCCAAAGUCCCCAGUCUGUUUGCUGCUCUGGCUUUGGCCUACAACACUAAUCUUAAUGGCGCUUUGACUCACUAUAGCAGCGGUCAGGCUGCUGUUUAUUUUGGAGGUGGAUUUGUAGAACUGAGAGAUGCUUUCAAGUUGGGAAUUAUAAUGGCUGUAAUUAAUAUAGUCAUAUGGGGAUUAGUAGGAGCUGCUUGGUGGAAAAUUCUUGGACUUUACUGAUGAGGCUGGAAAAUCUAAAGAGGUUUGUUACAUUAUAUUCUCUAACAUUUAGAACCGUACCAUUAUGCAACAUUAUAUUGUGAAUCAUAGCAAGAAAAGCAGUUUGAGAUAGAUUUUUGUUGUUCGUUUUGAUCCAUAGUACGUUAUUUUUCACGCCUAUAAUUCAAACUCAAAAUCAUUGAUAUAAUUGAUACUAUUACAAAAUACAUACUACCUCCGUCCUAGAGUAUUUGUUCACUUUCAUUUUUACACAUCAUUCAAUACACUUCUUUAAUCCAUUUUAUCUUGUAAUUUGUAUAUUAAAAAAUUAUAGAAAUUAUAUAUUAAUAAUCUAUAUAUUAAGACAAAUCAAACAAGAUCACACAUGACUAUAUUUAGGCUUACACAUUGAGAGAAUUUGAUGAGUCAAAGUGCUUAGAUGAACAGUUCCAAAAGUAAAAACUGGAUGAAUAC